UAUGGGAACUAGCAAGCGGGAAGAUCACUUGAGGAAGGGUUCCGAUGUGACGCCAUAUGAGGCACUUGCUGCUGGAUCGAUGUCUGGAGCUGUUUCACGAGCCGUCACUGCUCCUUUAGAUACCGUGAAGAUCAGAUUACAACUUCAGACAAAUGUAUUUGGAGAGUAUAAAGGUGCUACAUCAACAGUGAUAUCCAUCAUUAAGAAUGAAGGAGUAAGAGCACUUUGGAAGGGAAACGUACCGGCCGAAAUUAUGUAUAUUAUUUAUGGAGGGGUCCAAUUCACGUCCUAUUCCAUCUUGAGUAAAGCUCUUGCCAAGUUUGAAGAUGACAAUAGUCACAUUAAACUUUCCCCAUCCACCCAUUCCCUCAUUGUCGGUUCUGGUGCGGGUCUUUCCAGUACCCUCGCCACUUAUCCAUUUGAUUUACUUCGAACUCGACUAGCCGCACACACAUCCAGAGAAUUUCUUUCAAUAACUUCUACAAUUAAAGAAAUACGGCAAACCCAAGGUUUGAGAGGAUUUUACACAGGUAUGAGACCUGCUAUGAUCUCAGUAACGUCAACAACAGGGUUGAUGUUUUGGGCAUACGAAAUUGCACGAGACGUAUCCAACAAGUACAAGGGAGAUAUUCCAUUUAUAGAGGGUAUUUGUGGCUUUGUAGCUGGUGCAGUUUCGAAGGGAAUCACUUUCCCAUUAGAUACACUUCGUAAACGUAUGCAAAUGUAUUCAGUCACCAAUGGUCCUCAAAGAGUCUCUUCAUUCAAGCUCAUGGCAAAUAUUCUCUCUAAGGAGGGAAUGUUUGGGUUUUAUAAAGGAUACGGGAUUAGUGUAUUGAAGACUGCUCCCACCAGUGCGUUGUCAUUAUUCAUGUACGAAUAUUCCCUAGGAACUAUUCGGUCAUUUGAGAAGAAACUCGAGUAAAUAGAGAGGAGAAUGCAGUAUAACUGAUAUAGGAGAAUGAUCGAAAUGUUACUGUACAUUAACAGUGUUGCUGAAACUAGUUCCACUAACCAGAAGUUCUCAUAGCAGAUCUUUUAGUUUUCAUUCAUGUUCCUUUUAGCUAUUUAUAGAGAUCACUAAGAAAUGUUCAAGAGAUUUUGGAAUGGGAAUAAUAUUUAUUAUGUAGGAUGUAAUUACUUUUUGUGUGAUACUAUUUAUCAAUAGAGGCCAUGCUAGAGAAUCUCUACUUGACAGGUAUAGCUGUUAAGAGGUCUCUAGAUGUAAAACAUUUUAUCUUCAUUUUCGUAGCAGCCUGAAUACGUGCUUCAAUUAUGAAGC